AUGGAGGAUUUGGAGUUUCCGAUUUGCAUACUGAGAAUGAAUCUCGAGUGUUGCCCAGACUUGCCCUCUCGGGUCAAGAAGCUUUUGCGAAAAGUCAAGGGAGUUUACGCCAUAACCAUAGUCCCGGCCAAGGGUCUGAUUUUGGUCUCCGGCACAGCAGAGCCUCUGGUGCUUGUCCAAGCGCUCGAACGAAUCGGGCAAAGUCCGCAAAUUUACGCCUACGAGAAGGACCCAACUAAGGCUAAGACCCGAUUCCGCGCCUUGCUCAAGCGUUACGCCGCCGAGAAGCGCCGAGACGAACCACCGUCCACAGCCGCCGCCGGAACUUGCCCAGUGGGAGGAGAAGCAUAUAGAGUUUUCGGGCAAUCGGGACCGCCGAGGAUGCCGAUGUUUACGUUGCCGCCGACGACGGGUCCGCCGGGAUGGUUAGCGCCGGGGACGGGACCGGGGGUGAUGGUGAGGUACGAGCAGCCGAAGGUGACGACGAGGAAGCCGCCGGCGCCUUAUCCCUUCGAUUUCUACGAGAGCAAGGGUUUCCCAGCAACCGACUCCCUUUUCCGCUACUUCAGCGACGACCACGCUCAGCCCUGCACCAUCAUGUGA